CCGUCUUCGAUGAGCAAGGAAUGCCCGAGUAUUUCCGAGUCGUCAUCACCGUUCCUCGUCUGAAGACAAAGCUUCGAUUUCCUACAGUCUGGAAGAGGGAUCUGGAUGAACAAACUUGCAUAAUCAACGAAAUUUCCUUCAACAAGAAGUCAUUUAAAUUUGAUGUCACAAUAAUCCAGCCACGUGGAUCAACUCCAGCAAAGAUCCGCUAUAAGUUGGCAGCGCAGGAACUGCCGGGUGUUAUCAUCCUAGGGGAGAAGGAGAGUUUUUAUAAGUUUCCAGAAGAUGGUUGUGCGGUUCUAUGCAUGAGGAAGAGCAACCCAGGAACACGUUGGCCAAGUAUGCUGGGUGUAGAAGCCAGCCCUGAAGAGCAGAGAGCAGCGAAUAAACAGCGUUAAAAUGCAUAAAAGUAAUGCAGUAUAUAUAUGCACAUAUAUGCUGCUCAUUUUUCCAGAGAUAAUGUCUGUCACUGUUAUUACCUUCGCGCAACGGAAGUCAUGUAAUCGGUCUCGUGUGUGUGUGUGUAGCCACCGCGCAAUCGAUAGCGCGUAGAGUCAGCGAGUGGCGAGUCAGCAGCAGCCACCAGUGAGCG